AUGGUUCAGAUGGGCCCUAUAGUUAGUGGUAAUGGUGGCGAGAAGUUCAACCUUUGGCGUGAUAAUAAGCCUGUGGAACAACUGGACGUAUGGUACGGCAGAGGCAGUGGUGAUUUCGAGAAGGAUAUCGUCCUAAAGGGAAUCAAAGUAAGAUGGGCCAAGGAUGAACAGGGCCACGUCGAACUUGGCCAGGCUGGAUCUUGCCCGCUAAAAGAAGAGCAGAGCAUACUGCACACCAAUUUUGACUUCAAUUCCGGCAAUUAA